UCAGCGCGACGUCAAAACCGUCUCUGCGUGUCUUAAGAGAUAACAUUGCGUAUAAUUAGGAAAAACAAUACGAUUACGGUCCACCGCGAUCCUUGAUGAGACAGUGGUGGAGAAGGGAGAGAGCUGGAGCGCAAAUGAGAUAAGAGGUCGUUUUGUGUAUGCCUGGGAAGCUAGAGGCUAUGUAGCUAGCUAUCUAUCUUGCUAUGUAGCUACACAAGCAAGUCCGCAGCAGCAGUUGCUCUCACAUCAGUAGCAUGAUAAGCUUUGAGGGGGUCCGUAAGACCAGCGCCAGUAUUUGUACACUGUCGCAUUGUUAGCGUCGGAUUUGUUUUCCCUGGAUCGAGACUUCAAAUUCACCGUCCGAGAUGGGGAAGGAGGUGAACGGAGUGUCUCGGAGCCGGUUUGAGAUGUUCUCCAACAGCGAUGAAGCUGUUAUCAACAGGAAGCUACCUAAGGAGCUACUGCUACGGAUCUUCUCCUUUCUGGACGUGGUGACGCUUUGUCGAUGUGCUCAGGUCUCGCGGGCCUGGAAUGUGCUUGCACUGGAUGGCAGUAACUGGCAGCGGAUUGACCUGUUUGACUUCCAAAGAGAUAUUGAGGGCCGUGUGGUGGAGAACAUCUCCAAGCGCUGUGGAGGUUUCCUGAGGAAGCUGAGUCUCAGGGGCUGUUUGGGUGUUGGAGACAGUGCGCUGAGGACCUUUGCCCAGAACUGCAGGAACAUCGAAUUGCUCAGUCUGAAUGGCUGCACCAAGAUUACUGACACCACUUGCACCAGCCUCAGUAAGUUCUGCCCCAAACUGAAGCACUUGGACCUCGCCUCCUGCACCUCCAUCACGAACCUGUCCCUCAAAGCCCUGAGUGAGGGCUGCCCCCAGCUUGAGCAGUUGAACAUCUCCUGGUGUGACCAGGUAACCAAGGAUGGGAUCCAGGCGCUGGUGCGAAGCUGUCCAAGCCUGAAGGGCCUCUUCCUGAAGGGCUGCACCCAGUUGGAGGACGAGGCUUUGAAGUAUAUCGGGGCACACUGUCCAGAACUGAUUACCCUCAACCUGCAGACAUGCUCGCAGAUCACAGACGAGGGCCUGAUUUCCAUUUGUCGCGGUUGUCACCGGCUACAGUCCCUCUGCGUGUCGGGCUGUGCCAACAUCACAGAUGCCAUUCUCAACGCGCUGGGCCAGAACUGUCCGCAUCUCAGAAUACUGGAGGUGGCACGCUGCUCCCAGCUCACGGAUGUGGGCUUCACUACUCUGGCACGGAACUGUCAUGAGCUGGAAAAGAUGGACCUUGAGGAGUGUGUGCAGAUCACAGACAGCACCUUGAUCCAGCUUUCUGUUCACUGCCCACGGCUGCAGGUUCUGAGCCUGUCCCACUGCGAGCUGAUCACGGACGACGGGAUCAGACACCUGGGCAGCGGCCCCUGUGCCCACGACCGGCUGGAGGUCAUCGAGCUGGACAACUGCCCGCUCAUCACCGACGCCUCGCUGGAGCACCUGAAGAGCUGCCACAGCCUGGACCGCAUCGAGCUUUACGACUGCCAGCAGAUCACCCGCGCCGGCAUCAAGAGGCUGAGGACUCAUUUGCCUAAUAUCAAAGUGCACGCCUACUUUGCCCCGGUCACUCCACCUCCCUCUGUUGGGGGAAGUCGGCAGAGGUUCUGCCGUUGCUGUAUCCUGCUAUGAUGUCAAUGCUCCAUCCCCCGCCCCGCAGCCCCCACCCCAAUUCCUGUGCGAGGGUCCACAUGUGCAUGCCCCUCCUCCCCCUGAGCGUUCAUGGUAUGGGCGUGGUCACGUGGUGACCUGUUCUGCGGGGAGCGGCUGAGACGGACAGAGGUAUCGAGGCCCGGACUGAAAGACCCGGACUGAAAGACCCGGACUGAAAGACCCGGACUGAAAGCACGCUUGCCGGCCACAUUCCUGAUGCCACACUCCCCCUCCACAUCAAGGCAUUCCUUGCUUUCCUGGUGUCAACUGUAGCAAAUAAAUUGCCUCCUGCUUAAAAACUACGCACAUACACUCAGAUAAACAUACAUCCUUCAUGCUCAACACCUCUCUAUCCCAUCACAUUAUGAAACUCCACUGUACUUCAAUCAAAGUCAUAUAUUUUUUAUAAAGGACAAUAAAGAAGAUUUACAAAAAGAACUGAGAACUGGAGAAAAUGCCAAAAGUUGCAUGUUACAAUUCUAGUUUUUUGGGGUAAUAUGUAACAAACCUUGUACACCGUAGAGCACCGGGGACACCGGAAUCCACAAACUGAGGCACGUCCAGGGACAUGCUCUUAAGCGGAAAAGCAGAAACGCAAAAGACACCAGCGGAAAGUCCAACGUUGUGACUGGAACAGCAGUCCAUCAGACUCUGGAACAGUUGUUGUAUGGCCAAAACCACUGGAAAAACAGGAGUGAGAGAGUGUGUGGAGAGGUACAAAGAGAAGUGGGGCAUACACGAGCGGGUACUGUGACUAGCAUAUGGAACAACCAUAAUUAUAGAAAUAUGAUCUGGGCUCCACACUCUCAAAAUUGAAAUUUCAUUAAUGACAUGCAGGUUUGAAAAGGAACAACCUUUUAUCAAGAUACCAUACUGUGGAGUACCUAUACAUUUGUAGAGUGUGAUCCAUUGUAAGAGUAAUUAAUUUAUAAUUUAAUUACAUAUAUAUUAAACCUAUGUCUUAAACAAUUAUGGAUACCCUCAUAUGACUGUAUCAGGUUCUUCCAUAUGUGGCCAUUCUCUGCUCUCCUUCUCUGAGCACUUUUUUUUUUAACUCCCCCUCUCCAUUUCUGCCCUUUAUUCUGUUGGUUUUAGUCCCAUUGCUCUGUGGCACUGAAGGGUAGGAGAGCUGUUGAAAUGUUCAGAGGUCAGACUCUCCCCUUCCAACCUCAGCAAUGACCACUUCAGUGUGAGAAUGAGAUGUGUGUGUUUACAGUUUGCAUCUUCCAACCCUUCGCCUCAGUUUCAUCUUGCCGUUUGCGGAGAUGCAGUGCAGAGUUCUGCACCAGUCUUACCUGACAGGAAAUGGCGGUACAUGCGCCACCAGCACCUGCUGCUGCUGCGUGUCCAAUGAUUGCGAG